GGAGGACUGGGAGCAGGACCAGAGAGGGUCUGGAGGAUUUGCAGGAGAGGUUUUUUGUUUUUUGUGGAGCGGUCUGGAGGCAGGAGGAGGUCCCGGCGCUCUCAGAGGAGGCAGGACUUUCUGGCUCUGUGGUGCGCUCCGACACCAGAGGUCCGCUUUAAUACCCGAGGAGGAGGAGGAGGAGAGGCAGGUCGAUCUGUACACUGCUCACAGAGAGAGAGAGAGAGGCUGGAGUCCACUCCUCCGUCCCGGACAGUCGGCAGCGAGCAUCCAUGUGCCAGCCGGACUCAGCCUGAGACGCGUCGCUGAUCUUCGUGUGUCAGCUGUGCGUGUUUAUCUGAGCUCGGACACUUUUUGGGUUUGCGUGCCGGAGAACCGUUUUCACCCUCCGCUCCUCUCAGGAUCUCCUACAUCUGCAGGACUUUUUUUUUUUCAGGGGACUGAAAAUGUUUUCAGUUCCUCUCUGGACUCGUGUUCUCCGCGCAUGACACGAGCAGCCGCGCUGUCUGCAGCCGGUCGGCGCGUCUUUGUCAUUUUAAUGUCGGUGUGAUCUCCGCGCGUCUGGCUGAGCGCAGCGCAGACUGACACCCGGAGGAGCUUUUCUCUCUGUCUCUCUCCUGGCUGGAAUAAAAGAGAAGUCUGAACGUGGAUCUUGAUUUUCUGGAUUGAUUUUGUAUUUCUUUUCGUUCACUCACCCCCCUAAAACAAACAAACAAAAAAGCUCGAUGAUGUUGCUGCGCUGCUUGAACCCUUCCUCCUCCUGGUCCACCUGUAGGUUUGUCUUCAGCUUUUUCCUGCUGGUCCAGACGCCUCUGUCCUGCUCUCCGUUAAUUUCAGGUACCCCGGCCAGCUGUGACAACGAAGGAGAAGUGCUGCACAUCCCCAACAUCACCGACAACCCCUGCAUCACCUGCGUCUGUCUGGAGGGGAAGGCCGACUGCAAACAGGAGAAAUGUCCGCUGGUGUCGGAGGACUGCGCUCUGGUGGUGAAGCAGACCGGCGCCUGCUGCGAGAGGUGUAAAGGUUGCAUGUUGGAUGGACGAUCUUAUAACAGCUCCGUGUCCUGGACCAGCUCCACCAAACCCUGCGUAACCAGACGCUGCCAGGAAGGUGUGAUCACCGAGGCGGAGGUCCAGUGUGUCGUCCACUGCAAGAACCCCAAAAUCCACCCGAAGAAGUGCUGCCCCACCUGCCCCAGCUGCAUCUUCGAGGGUCGUCUGUACAAAGAGAAGGAGGAGUUCAGUCCAGAGGGAAAACCCUGCAUCAAGUGCACCUGUACUGGAGGCCGGACUCUCUGCAUGAGGGAGGUGUGUCCUGUCCUGUCAUGCCCCGCCCACCUCAGCCACACCCCUCCUGGACAGUGCUGCCCCAGAUGUCUCGGUCAGAGGAAAGUGUUCGACCUCUCGUUGGGAAGCUGUCUGUUCCACAGUGAAGUUUAUGAGAACGGCACUUGCUUCAUACACAACAACUGCACCACCUGCACCUGCAAGGAUUCCACAGUGGUGUGCAAGAAGCGGUGCUCUCGGCCGGGAAGCUGUCAAGGCGACCAGUGCUGCGAAGAGUGUCUGUCCUACGUGAAGGUGGAGGAGGUGAAGUACUGCAGAGUCCGGAACAAGAUCUACAGGGAAGGAGACAUGUGGUCGUCGGUGAACUGCACCCUCUGCGCCUGCGUUAAAGGAAACAUCGAGUGUCGGCCCAAACACUGCGUACCAAUCACCAGCUGCCCGUCGAAUAAGAUCCUGAACAGGACCGGCUGCUGUCCAGUCUGCACUGAAAAACCAGGUGUGUGUACGGUCUUUGGCGACCCGCACUACAACACCUUCGACGGCAGGACCUUUAACUUUCAGGGAACCUGUCAGUACGUACUGACUCGUGAUUGUGGCGGCGCCCCCGCUGGAGGACCGGGAAAUAACAUCAACAUCAACAGCCCAGACUCCAGCUUCACGGUGUUGGUGAAGAACGACGCCCGGCGAACUCGUUCCUUCUCGUGGACCCAGUCGGUUGAGAUCAGGCUCGGAGGUUUGAUCCUCAGCCUCCACCAGCACCUGACGGUCCGGAGGAACGGCACCCGCAUCGCCCUGCCCUACCACGGCCCCGGGGUGCACAUCGACCUGGACGGAUACCUGCUCAAACUCACCACAAUCGCAGGUCUGGAGAUCACGUGGGAUGGUGACAGUUUCGUGGAGGUCGUGGCCGCUCCCCACCUGCGUGGACGCCUCUGCGGCCUCUGUGGCAACUACAACGGCCACAAGCGCGACGACACAAUGGGAGGUGACGGCCAGUUCAAGUUCGACGUGGACGAGUUUGCAGAGUCGUGGCGAGUCGAGGGAAACGAGGUGUGCUCCCAGCAGCAUCCACCUCGACGGCCCACGUCCUUCCUGUGCCCCGGCAGCGUCAAAGUCAAGUUCCGCGCCCACCGGGAGUGCCAGAAGUUGAAGUCGUGGGAGUUUCAGAAGGGCCACCGUGUGGUCGAUUUCGCCCCUUUUUACAGGUCGUGUGUGACGGACAUGUGUGAGUGUCCGGUCCAUAAAAACUGCUACUGUGAGUCCUUCAUCGCCUACAGCCGAGCCUGUGAGAGGGAGGGAGUACCCGUCCUCUGGAGGCCCGACGCCGCUUGUAUGGCCACCCAGUGUAAACACGGUGCCGUGUACGACACCUGCGGACCGGGCUGCACCAAAACCUGCGACAACUGGAACGAAAUCGGACCGUGCCACAAGCCCUGCGUGGCCGGCUGCCACUGCCCCGCCAACCUGGUGCUGUUCCAGGGACGCUGCAUCAAACCCAUAUCCUGCCCGGGACGGUGACCCUUGUGAUCCAGGAGGGAGGGGGGCGGGGUAGGUUCGGGAAGGUCAUUCAUAGGAUCACAAACAGGGACCCAAACGAGGCGAGAAGAGUUUGGGAGGACACAGAAGUCGACAGAUCGGAUGCGUCGAGGUUCUCAGGGUCCAUAUCUUCGCAUGGAGGGGUUGCGGUGACAUUACAGACAGAAACUACGGUGAUGGACCGCUGCAACACCACGUACUGUCACGAUGCCCGUCACGACCACCGGAGGUGUUGAUUUCAGUCUGAAGUAGAAGAACUGAACUCCCAAGAAAAAAACUCAGGGGGACCCAAUUUCUAAGAUUUCACCGAGGGACGUUUCUCCACGCCGCCAUGGACCCCCUCAGGAAACAAUUUGGGCCGGUGGACUCCUGUUUGAGCCAACAUGGCGCCCACAUUUCUCUCACAAACACUCUGUAAGUGAGAAACUGAGCAUCUGCUUGUGGAAUAAGGAGAUUCAGAGCAGAGACACUGAUGCAUCUCAUCAAACUGCCCUCGUGAUCUCUGCUCCAUCAGUUCAUACUGUAAGCUAGCCAGAUUUAUAUGAAAGACAGACAGCUUUUAUAUUAUUAUUGUUCUAAUUAUUAUUAUUAUUAUUAAUAUUAAUAUUAUUAUUAUUAUUAUUUUGUUGUUGAUGUUGUUAAUUUAUAUAUCGGUCAAAUGACACGUCGUAGCAAGAGCCAGAAUCAUGAAUCUAAUUGCGUUACAAAUGAUUUUAAAGGGAAACAAAAAGCUAUUUAUGUAUUUGUUGUGUACUUUUGUGUUACUGUUUGAAGAGAAAAAUGCCCAAAUGUGACUCAGUUGUUGCACCAUCGCAGGGAAAAAGUACUGUAUUGUGUUACGCAUCCGUGUACAGGUUGUCGUGGUUCGUAUCAAAAAACUGAAGGUGUUCAUCUAACCGUAUGUUUCAUUUGACGAUAAUUAUUUAAGACCAGCAAUAUAAUCUUUUAUCGAAGUUCA